CAGCGGGGCGGGCCCAGCUUCUGGGGUGCACGGGCUCCGCCAAGGGCAACAGCGGCAGGUGGGCUAGAGGCCCUCCAGCUUCCUGUGCCCUGAUGUUUCUUCUGCAGAAUAGGCAGAGCUGAGCCUUAGGAAAGCUCUCGAUUUGCCUUUGGGCCCCUGGGCCAGGCCCCUGCUUACGGUGCACAGAAGAGUGACUGUCGCUUCGCUGGUGCGUAGAAAUGAAGACAGCAGCAGUGGAGAUCAGUGUGGUCCCCGUUGCCCGCCCACGUGCCGGAGCACUUCCCAGGCCUGGACUCAAUUCUCACAGCAACACUCUGAUUAGGGGCCGUGUUAAGAUUCCCAUUUCACAGGCGAGGAAAUAGGCUCGGAGCAGUCGGGGAACUUGCCCAUCGGUUGCUGGCGGCUAAGCUCUAGGGCCGGGGUCUGAGCCCACACCCAUCAGACCCCCCACUCAGGACCAUCCUCUGUGGCAGCUGUGAGCACCUGCUGCAGGGGCUUCUAGAGAGGGCUGCACCUGUGGGAACCCACCGCUCACCUAGAGACGCUGCCUUUUCUAUGCGGCGAAUGAGUUCAUCCUCUUCACCUGACGCGUACCUUUACGAGUGGCUGUGUGCAGAGGGCACAUCAGGGGACAGGCACAGUAGAAUGUCUGCAGCACAAAUGCCACUAAGAAAACUUGGACUUCUUGGUGUUUUUCUUUCCUAGCAGGGAAGAGGGAUGCUAUUAAACCCACCGCCCUCCCGGGGGAAAGCACCCUUUACUUUAGAGAAAAGGGAAUUUCUGUUUUCAGAGACCAUUUCUCGAAGGCUCUGAGAAUCAGUCACGGCAGCUGUGAUUGUGUUCACUCGACGAGGAGACCUGAGGCCUGGGUGCCUCAGUGUGAGGUCACCUGCUGGAGUUCCCCAAUGAGAUAAGAGGCGAGCCCCAGUCUCCAGCCUGUGGCUGCUCAGCCAACCAAGGUUUUAAACUCCCAUGUGUUAAUUUUCUGACAAACCUAUUAUCUUACAGUUCUGUAGGUUGGGGGUCCGACAUGGAUCUUACUGGGCUACAGUCAGGGUUGACACCUUGGAGGGUCUGUGCUUGCCUUUUCUAGUUUCUAGAAGCUUCCCGCAUUCCUGGGCCACGGCACCUCCUCUGUCUUCAAGGCAGCUGUGUUCCAUCUCUCUGACCCUUCUUUCAUGGCCACGUGUCCCUCUGACCGUAGAUGACAAAGGUUCUUCACUUUUCAGGAUCCAUGAGAUUAGAUCGGGUCCAUGCAGAUGAUCCAAGAUAAUCCCCCCUUCCCUCCUGCCAAGGUUCUUAACUUAAUCACGUUGGCAAGGUCCCUCUUCUGUGUAAGGUGGAGAGUCAAGGCUUCCAGGAUGAAAGCAUGCCAUCUUCAGGAGCCCUUCUUCUCCCGAACGCAGCCAGUAUGGGUCAGGAUCACGGAGGGAGUCCCACUCUCCCCCCACAGAUUCAGACUCAACAAGUCCUAGGAAAGCCCAGGACUAAGCAAUCAUUGUGAUGCAGAGAUGCUGACAUGCCCUUUGAUAAACAGGCCUUGUGCCGUGACCUCUCUGUGACCCAUGGCCCGUUUAUUCUCUCAAAGUAACUCUUCCGUCAGACCUCUUUCUUAUGUUCGUGGUGGGACGCCUGAUGUGAUGACGGGUAGUGAGACCCGUCAGCACAGGGCAGGUGUUAAUGGUAGAUGGUUUUUUUCAUAAGGGAUAUGCUAUAGGUUGGUCGUAUCGGAGUCCUGGCUAGGAUGCUAGGAUUCAUAAAAGAGAUGGUCAGGACCCGGGUUUUGAUAACGAAGUUGGCUGUGAAUCAUUCUGGCAGGUAGGGGUUGUGGGUGGUUGUGAAGAUGUUUGUUAUGAUGAUGUUGGCAGAUUCUCUAGGAAAAACAGAUUGAAUGGGCUUGCUGCAGGGUCCCUGCUGAAGCCGGAGAAGAAUUCUCCCUCUGUCAGGUCGAUUGGGGCCCAAUGGUUUCUGCCAGGGCUCUGAUGAAUCACAUCAUGGCUUGGGGUUGGGCUGGAAAGAUGCUCUCACGUCAUAAAUGACUCUGGUUGAGAGCAUCACUGUUUAUUAGCAGGACUGAUGAGAGGAUAAUUGCUGUGUCACUUGGGGUGAAUCAGUCCCACUGCCUCUGUCCCCUCCUGCCUCCCCCUCCUUGGUCGCAGCACUCUCCCUCCUACACCAGUGAUGCUGAGUGAGGCUGAUGAGGACGAAGUGUUAGCCGUGGGUAAGCAAAGCUUCAAUACGAUGCUGUGAACGGGACUUCGAUGUAGCAGCAACAAUGAUUUUUCUCGCAAGGGCAAACACUUCAGCCACCCUGGACAGUUUUCUGCUGCUCAGAGGUGAUGCACCCUGGCAACCUUGGAGAAACCACACACAGAGAGCUAAGUUCCAAGCCACUUCCAGCCUUGGGGAGGGGGCAGCUGCACACAGCCCCCGUCUACUCCCUCCAUCAGCUGCAUCUCACCCUGAGGGGGUGUCGGCAGCUUUCCAGUCCCCAGCACAUUGGUCCUGAUGCUCUGGGGUGUCACUGCCAACAGAGAGCAGAGCCCAGGGGGUAGACAGAACAGAAAGUGGCCGCAGUAAGAGCAGUAGAGGGGGCUGUGACGGGGGCCUUUGUGUUGAAUUCUGUUCAACUCAAUUCCGGGCCUGGGGGUGAUCUGACAGCUCAUGACAGCCUGGACCUUUGUGGUAGACUUACGUUUUCUUUAUGAUUCCACACAUUUUGCCAGGAUCUACUUUUCCCACUUGUGCUGUUCAUCUUGCAUCUGCCCCCAGCAUCUGGGAAGCCCUAUUAAUCUGAGACUCAGCUCUUCCCCCCCACUCGGGGACGUUCUUCUUCCACUAUAAUUUAGUCCUUGUCUCUGGGCCACUUCUACUCUGUUUUUCAGGAGCUUCAGUUUUCCACGGAUUGGGCACCUCUUCCAUAAAUUUCUAGCUUCCUUUUGAAAUGUCCCCCCCUUUUUUGUCAUUUUUCCCCUCUGUGUUUUGGGGGAAUUUCUCAUGAUUUUCUUUCCAUAGUCGUCUCCAUUUUCCACAUUGCCAAUCAAUUGCCUUUGAUGUCAGUGUUGGUUCUGUUAUUAAAAGUGUCAUCUCCCUUCUACUUAUGAAAAUUAGACAUGCAUUAGAAAAAUGAAAGACAUGCAGAAACAUUUGGGAGCAGCUUCCUCUCAGUGUUAUUUUAAUACCUCUGUGUGUGUGCGUAUAUGUGUGUGUACGUAAUAUAAAUGGGGAUAUAUAAAAUAAGUGGGGAUAAUGCAAUAUAUCACACAGAUUUUCUGUGUGGUGUUUUACUUACUACUUUAUUGUGAGCAUUUCCCAUUGUUUAACUAGUCUUUGAGACUAUUAUUAUUGCAUGAUUUUCUAUGAUGUGUCACAAUUUAUAUAAGUAGGAGAUACAGUAUAUAUAUCGUGUCACAUCUUUCCCUCUUAUAAAUCAUAUUCCAAAGGACACCCUUUAGGAUGAAGGUCAACAGUCUCCUAAGAAGCUUUCUGCUGGGGCUCCCCUGCUUGAGUCCAUAUUCACCACCCGUGCUCCACCAAAAUUAAAGCCAAACAAAAAUAAAAAGUUUUUCUGGGUCACUGGAGAUUAUAACUAAAACAAUUUCACGUUCAGUUCUUUUUCAGCAGCCCAAGCUGAUUCCUCUCAUUUGAUACUUCUCAAAAAUCUUACAAAUACCCCACCAUCCAAGGUGUGUGUAUUAUAAUAAUAGCUAGUUUGUCCUGAACACGCACUCUGAGCUAGGCUGUGUUUUAGCUUUAUUUCUUAUGUUUUAUGUACUCAUUUUUCAACCUCCAAAUAUUUAUGAGGCUUGACUGGAUUAUCAACAAUCUUUUUCACAGAUGAGGAAACCAAGGCCCAGGAACUUGGUGCAUGGGGCCCCAGGGCCCAAGCUAGUUAGAGGCAAGGCUGAUGCACGUGUGAGCUGGACCCCAGGGUGUCCCAGCCGCCUGUCCCAGACCCUCUGCUUGGGUGGGCAUGCUGCCGCGGGCUCCAUCUUUAAAUUACCUUUUCCUUUAAAGACAACCCCACUUUCUGGAAAAGCAGAGGCCCUGGCAUUUGUCUGGGAAUAAUCCUGACAUUUCUAAGCCCAGGACUCAAUACGGUCCUCCUCUGAGCCCCGUCCAACCAGUUCCCUGGAGGGGAGCAGCUGAUCGUGUCCGCAUGUGAGGCAGGAAGCCCUCCCUUCCCACAGACAAGGCUGAUUGUCUGCAAUUUGUGAGGUCCUGGAGUGCCUGAGCCUGGUGACGGCUGGGGUGGGGGGGCCGGAUGCAGGGGAUGCUGGCCCCUCAGAGCCGUAAUCACAGCUGCCAGGCGUCGGCUGUGAUGGGCGUCUGCGUCAAAUGGCAAAUCAUCCUUUGAGCUGGACAAACGGGGCCAUGAAAAUGGUCUCUUAAUUGGGUUUGAAAUCUCCCAUGGAAGAAAAGCCCGUUUCCCGCCAUGUGUGGGGUGACACUUGAAAACCCAGAAGAUGAAAGGAUGUUUCUGCUCACAGCAUCCGCGCACACCGCACUUCUUUCUGCCUCUUAGUGGCCUUGCCAUGGCAACCUUUGUCUGUGGCAGGAAAGCAAAGGUAUCAUUACUGCUCUCGGAGCAAUAGCAGCCGUCCCUGCCCCUCCCUCGGCCCAGAUCUGCUUCCCGCAGAGGCCGGGAGACCCACUCACCCUCCUGCCCCGGUCACCAAGCCAUGCCGGCCGCCCCGAGCCGUGGCACUUGUGGGUGCUUGGCUGACAGUUAUUUCAUCGGGCACUUUUUGUUGUUGUUCUCGAGGUUCUGUUUCCACUUCUCAUCCACACUUCUCCUUAAUGCUUACUAUAUUUAGUGAACCUUCUUUUAUAAAUGUGUAAUGACCCUUUCAGCUAUAACUAUCCCUGUCAAUAUUUUCUUAAUGUUUUCUAAUUCCACAUAUAAGUGAUACCACACAGUAUUUGCUUUGCUCUCUCUGGCUUAUUUCACGUAGCAUAAUGCCCUCCAGGUUUAUCCAUGUUCUUACAAAUGACAAGGUUUCCUUCUUUUUAUUAAGGCUGAAAAAUAUAUAUGAAUACAUUUUAUAUUAUGCAUAUAUAUCUCACAUUUUCUUUACUCCUUUUUCACUUUUAAAUUUUUCCUGGAGUAGAGUUGAUUCACAAUGUUUUGUUAGUUUCAGGUAUACAGCAAAGUGAAUCGGUUAUACAUGUACACAUAUAUCCAUUCUUUUUUAGAUUCUUUUCCCAUAUAGGUCAUUACAGAGUACUGAGUCGAGUUCCCUGUGCUGUACAGUAGGUUCUUAUUAGUUAUCUAUUUUAUACAUAGUAGUGUGUACAUGUCAAUCCCAAUCUCCCAAUUUAUCCCUCCCCUACUCCCCACCUGGUGACCGUAAGUUUGUUUUCUACAUCUGUGACUCUACUUCUGUUUUGUAAAUAAGUUAAUUUGUACCCCCCCUUUUUUGAUUCCACAUAUAAGCAAUUGUUGGGCAUUUUUUUCAAAAAUCAUUUUUUGUUGCCUGGAGACGGGGAGUUUUCUUUCAAGACAUGAACAGAGCCCAAAGGAAAACCCACAAUGAACUACUGUGUCGACUCAAACCUUUCCUUAGAGUGUGGUUCAGAGGAGCGUGGACGUUGCGGGGUGAUGAGAGAUCCAAGCCUGCAGACAGAAGGUGGCAUCAAGGAGGGGCUGCACUCCCAGGGGAGUGCGAGGGGAGUCGAGAAUUCCCGUCCCACUGUACCUUUCAAUGAGCUUUCACGUUCCACGUCAGGGAAGUGCCAGUGAAGCCACACUGGUGGCCCUGCUGGCCGCUCGGACCAAAGUGACGCGACGCCUGCAGGCUGCCUCCCCAGGGCUGACACAGGCCGCCGUCAUGGGGAAGCUGGUGGCCUAUGCGUCUGACCAGGCACACUCCUCAGUGGAGAGAGCUGGCUUGAUUGGUGGAGUGAAAUUAAGAGCAAUCCCUUCCGAUGGCAAGUUUACCAUGCGCGCUUCCGCCCUGCAGGAGGCCCUGGAGAGAGACAAGGCCGCCGGCCUGAUUCCAUUCUUUGUGGUGGCUACACUGGGGACCACGUCCUGCUGCUCCUUUGACAGCCUCUUAGAAGUGGGGCCCAUCUGUCACAAGGAGGACAUGUGGCUUCACGUGGACGCUGCCUAUGCAGGCAGUGCCUUCAUCUGCCCUGAGUUCCGGCAUCUUCUGAAUGGAGUGGAGUUUGCAGACUCAUUUAACUUCAAUCCCCACAAAUGGCUCUUGGUAAAUUUUGACUGCUCUGCUAUGUGGGUGAAAAAGAGGACAGAUCUGACCGGAGCCUUCAAAUUGGACCCCGUCUACCUAAAACACAACCACCAGGAUUCAGGGCUUAUCACCGACUACAGGCACUGGCAGCUGCCGCUGGGCCGGAGGUUCCGCUCGUUGAAGAUGUGGUUUGUUUUUAGGAUGUACGGAGUCAAGGGACUGCAGGCCUAUAUCCGUAAGCACGUCCAGCUGUCCCACGAGUUCGAGGCCUUGGUGCGCCAGGACCCCCGCUUUGAAAUCUGUGCAGAAGUCACUCUGGGGCUGGUCUGUUUCCGGCUAAAGGGCUCCAACACACUGAACGAAGCUCUUCUGGAAAGAAUAAACAGUACCAAGAAAAUCCACUUGGUUCCCUGUCACCUGAGAGACCAGUUUGUGCUGCGUUUUGCCAUCUGCUCACGCACGGUGGAGUCGGCCCACGUGCAGCUGGCCUGGGAGCACAUCCGAGGGCUGGCGGCCGGGCUGCUGCGAGCACAGGAAGAGGAGAAGGCGGAGAUGAAAAGUUGAAAUGAUCUGAAGACUGGAGUGAGAAGGAAAAAUGUACCAUCCCAGCUCCAUGGAACUGAGACUGUAUGUGGCCCACGCUUCUUUCUCCAGAGUUAUCCAGAAAGAAGCUCGUGAUUACGUCUGCUCAGCCUCUCAUCAAUGAAUAAAUAUUUGCUAUAAGUUAACUCCCGUGGAUAUAGUUUUAUUCAUUAUGUGGCUAUGACUUUUGCUGAUUAAAAAAAAUCAUCAGUUUCUGUGGCCUUGAAGUUGUCAGAGGUGGUAAAGGCUUAUUGGAAUAUUUUCCAGGGAGAUCUGUGAUUAUGGGACCUGAGAUUAUACCUGUGGUCUUUAACUUGUUCUGUCAUGUGGCUUAAUGCUUAAUAAACAACA